AUGUCCGCGACGUUGAAGAGUGGUCUCAGUCUAAGUGAGAUCCCGAGGGAUGAGACGCCGGGAGUAUUCCGGACACUGGACUCGCCUAAAGUGGGCCGAAGAUAUAGCGACGAUCUGACCGCUCAUUUCGACGCCGACACUGAUGUCGAGCCUUUUGAUAACGGAAUGCUAUGCAUUAAAGAAGAGUUGACACAAAUAAGUCUAACACUUCCACGAGUGAACCCAAACGUUGGCAAUAAAUGUGUUUCACUGAAACUCCAGACCGUGAAUGAGCCGCAAGUGAUGAUCACUCAUAGUAUUGGUCACAGCGCUAGCAAUGGCAGUCUCAGCCAAUCGCUGCCCGAUUUGCUUAACGAGAGUAGUCUGAAAGAAGUGCCCAAUCGAUUGGACAUAGCGUUCAACCCGGAGAUGGCCAUCACUCCCAACACGCCGUACGCGGCGGCGGUCAUCGCCACGACUCCCACUCACAUGGGUUUCGCAGGUCCGAGUAAUGGGAGUUCGGGUGCGGCGGCCAAACGGCAGUGGAAUUUGAACGGAUUCUUCGGGUGUUUUCGAUCCAUUUGGAACGCUUUGGACAAAAAUGCGGACAAACAGAACAAAGUGGACGACUGGGAGAUACCCUUUGAGAACAUCCGAGAUCUGGAGUGGUUGGGCAGUGGGGCUCAGGGGGCGGUCUUUAUGGGCAAAAUCAAUCACCAAUUGGUGGCCGUCAAGAAAGUGAAGGAGAAGUACGAGACAGACAUCAAACACUUGCGUAAACUGAAUCACCCGAAUAUCGUGGCGUUCAAAGGCGUGUGCACUCAGACCAGCAAUUGUUACUGCAUUGUAAUGGAGUUCUGUCCGUACGGCCAGCUGUACGACCUGUUGAAGAGUGGCAAACAAGUGCCGCCCAAGAAAGUGGUCGAUUGGGUGCUGCAGAUCGCGUCCGGAAUGAAUUAUUUGCAUUUGCAUAAAAUCAUUCACAGAGACUUGAAGUCACCCAAUGUUCUCAUCACUUAUCACGAUGUGCUCAAGAUAUCCGACUUCGGCACCAGUAAGCAGUGGAACGACAGGUCCACCAAAAUGUCCUUCAAGGGAACCGUCGCAUGGAUGGCACCGGAAGUGAUCCGCAAUGAGCCCUGUUCUGAGAAAGUGGAUGUUUGGUAA